CGGCCGCCGCAGCCCGCCUUGCCGGCGCCAUCCCCGGCCGUCUGCUCCGCGACGCCACGCGCAAUGCAGUUCCUCGCGGCUUCAGCCCCCUCGUCCUCCGCGCCGCGGCUCCAGCUCUCCGCCCGCCUCUCGAGGCCCCGUCCCUUCGCGCACCUCCGCCGCCGCUGCGCUCCCCAUCUCCCAUCCAAGCCGCUGCCCCUGGCACCCGUGUCUCGGGUCCUACUCCCGCGGGCACGGCGCUCCCUGGCCUUCACGCCCCGCGCCCACAGCAACCACCACGGGCACGGGCACGGGCACUGCCAUUGCCACCACGGGGCGAACGUGCAUGGGGGAGGCGGGGGCGCGACGGUCAUGCGGUUGGCGAGGGCGAUCGGGUGGGCCGACGUCGCCGACGCGCUGCGGGAUCACCUGCAGGCCUGCUGCAUCUCCCUCGGUCUCCUCCUGAUCGCCGCCGCCUGCCCACACGUGGCGCCGCUCAACUCCGUCGGGCGUCUGCAGGCCGCGCUCAUCGCCGUCGCCUUCCCUCUUGUCGGGGCAACAAACAAUGAAAACAAACUCUCUACGGCCGCUAUCGGUUCUGUGGAAUAUAUUUCUUCGCUAUACAGAUCAAAUGGUGAAUGUGAGCAGGUACAAGAGGCAAUAAAAAGUUCUGCUUAUGGUCCUGAAUUUGUCCAAGCUGCUCUAUUAAUGGAUAAAAAGAUAUUUCUCUUCAUGUUUGAUGGAAGCAUUCAUAUGACCCUUUUCCACUUCGAGGAUGAACCCCGUCCUGGUGCCUGUGAAGUUAUAUCCACCUUAAGAGAGAAAGCAAAACUUCGCAUCAUGAUGCUCACUGGAGAUCAUGAAUCAAGUGCUCUGAGAGUUGCUAAAGCUGUUUGUAUUGAUGAAGUGCACUGCUGUUUGAAGCCAGAGGACAAACUGAAUAAAGUAAAGGCAGUUUCAAGGCGAGGUGGGAGUUUAAUAAUGGUCGGCGAUGGUAUAAAUGACGCGCCAGCUCUUGCAGCUGCAACUGUCGGUGUCGUUCUAGCUCAACGUGCCAGUGCAACAGCAGUAGCUGCUGCAGAUGUUCUGUUAUUGCAGGAUGAUAUCUGCGGGGUGCCAUUUUGUAUCGCUAAAGCUCGUCAAACAACUUCACUGGUCAAGCAAAGUGUAGGGCUUGCCCUAACUUGUAUCCUUCUUGCUGCGCUUUCUUCUGUCUUGGGAUUUCUUCCUCUUUGGUUGACGGUUCUUGUUCAUGAAGGAGGAACCCUUCUUGUCUGCUUGAACUCGAUACGAGCCCUCAAUGCCCCUACAUGGUCUUUGGCAGACGAGAUCCGACAACUAGUUGAUGGCCUGAGGAAGUAUAUCUCGGCAAAGUUGAGCAGCUCCUCAAAUUAGGCAGCUAAUACUGCCCCGUUGUAGGUUUUUGCAGCGACAAAUAUCUACAUGAACCGUUGGAAUUUAGGUGGAGGGGCUGUGGGCCUAAUAUUUGUAGGCUGUACUCAGCUCACCACCAUGUAAGUAAAUAAACAAUGCUGAUCAUACUGUAACUAAACAUCUGAUCAGGCUUGUUCGAUCCCCCGUAAAUAUUUUACUCGUGGAGUUAAGACACUGCUUGGUCCUUGAAUUA